AUGGCUUUUAAAGAGAAUCAGCUGACCGUUUCGCUGCUGACCUCCAUCGUGGCGGCAGUGCUUGGCUCCCUCCAAAUAGGAUACCACACAGGCAACAUCAAUGCCCCUGCCAGAGUCAUUGAAGAGUUUUUCAACACAACAUGGAGAUCCAGACACAAUCAAUCAAUACCAGACCACAGUCUCACGUUCCUGUGGUCCCUUUCUGUUAGUAUUAAGGACUUUGGAGCACUGCUUGGUUCACUGGGGGUCAAAGGUCUUGCUGAUACUUUUGGGAGGCGUAAUGCCAUUCUGAUAGUGAAUGCCUUAUCAGUGGUGGGUGCCUCCCUGAUGUUCAUGAGCAAAGCCACAGCAUCAUUUGAAGUGCUUAUUGUGGGUCGGCUGAUCUUUGGUUUGUUCUGUGGCCUGGUGAUGAGCCUGAACCCGCUGUACAUUCAGGGUGUCUCACCCACAAACCUCCGUGGUGCCUUUGCAACUCUGAACCAGGUCUCCUUUGCCUCAGGCAUUCUGCUGGGCAUGGUGGUGGGCUUGGAAACGGUAUUGGGUACAGAGAAAUAUUGGUCCCUGAUGUUGUCUCUGUCCCUUAUUCCUGCAACGCUCCAAUAUAUGAGCCUUCCUUUUUGCCCUGAGAGCCCCCGCUACCUCUUCAUCAACAGGGGCAAAGAAAAAGAAGCAGAGGCGGCCCUGAGGAGACUUCGGGGAAAUCCAGAGAUGGUGAUGAAAGAAAUGGAGGAGAUGAGAGAGGAAGCAGCCCAUAGUGAAACAGGAGUGACUGUGAGAGAAUUCCUCAGGAAGCGUCGCUAUAGACAGCCAAUAAUACUUGUGCUUAUUAUAAACUUGGGCAGCCAGUUAUCUGGAUUCAAUGCGAUCAUAAAUUAUUCUACAAAAAUGUUUGCCCAGUCCAAUUUUGAUGAAGCCAAAUAUCUGACACUAGGGGUGGGGGCCGUCAAUGUGGCAUUCACCAUAGUAGCAUUCUUUUUGGUGGAGAGAGCGGGACGCAGGAAGUUGUUGCUUGCUGGAUUUCUGUCACUAGUGCUCUGCAACCUACUUAUGACCAUCACAUAUUCCAUACUGACCAUAAUUCCAGACAUCCGUAAUAUUCAGGUGCUGGUGGUUUUCUUCCUGAUCUCAGCUUAUGAAGUGGGGCCUGGGCCAAUCUCUUGGUUCAUUGCCGCUGAGCUUUUUGACCAGUCGGCCCGUCCCAUUGCCAUGGCCUUCACUAGUAUGCUUAACUGGGGAGGGAAGUUUUUACUAGCACUGCUCUUUCCACCUCUGCUGAAAAUGUGUGGAGCCUACGUCUACCUCCUCUUCAUGUGUAUGGCCUUGCUCGCCUUCACCUACACCAUGUUUCGUCUCCCUGAGACCAAGGGACGCAUUUUUGAUGACAUUGCGGCUGAGUUCCGUGGGGCCGAGGGAAUUCCACUACAUAACAAAACCACAUUUAACACGUUUACCUGAUCACUUUCAGCUUUGAGGUUAUCGGGACCAGUAAACAGUAAUCAACUCGAAUGCAACUGGUGCGUUUAUGCAACAUAUUAAUGAGUAUCAAGGUAUAUUAGGGAUUCUGCAUAGAAUAUCUAAUCAGAAAAUGUUAAUCUACAACAUAAAUUCUAAAACAGGGCCAACUUUGUAGACGUUCACAGACAAAACAUAACCUUUAUAAGUUUUUAUCACACUGUGAAAUCUCAAAAAGAGUUUGUAUACUCUUUGUAUCCAGUCAUCUAUUCGGUAAGCCAAGAUUUAAAAAAAAACAUUCUACCAAACAAAUUGACUGAUGAUAUUGACAGGUAUAAUAACAGCGAAACUACUUGAUAAAUCCAUGUAAACUGUUUUCAAUGUAUAUGCAUUCCCUGAGAUAUUUGCAAUGUGUUUCACAGCAGUCCUUUUUUUUCCCAUUUAAACAUUGAUAGAACAUGUGAAUAUGAUUGUAAACAUGAAAUAAAAAAUUGAGCAUUUCAGCAUUUUGU